UGCCGUAGGGCACAUUAAAAAGCUACUUUUCUGUCGUGACCGGGAGAGCAGUUGCUGCUGCUGUUCACAAACUUAAUCUACGAUGCCCUUGCAAAACAGGUCCUCCAAGACUCGGCAGCGUACCAUCCUUUUAGUGGUCAUCAUGGUCCUGAUAGUGACAAUUGUUGCUGUGCUGGCUGCUGUGCUGUUGGCAAAUGGAACGAAAGAGACUAGCAUGCAGCUGCUACAGUGGAAAGGCACAGGGACCACUAAAAAUCUGCAAGAAGUCAUCCUCGGGAGGUGUUAUAACUACAUCACAACAGUGAACCCUGAGCUGAGAGACAAAGAUUGCCAAAAAAUAUGGGAAACAAUGCAAAAGGCGUUUAUUUACAAGAACCCAUGUAAUAUUACAACAGAAGAUUAUCAGCUGUUACUGGAUUUGGCGAGUCAUCCUAUCCCCUGUAACAAGUCAUUAUUUUGGAGCAAGACAAAUGACCUUGUUCAUCGUUAUACAAAAACCAAUCACAGUUUCCUCACUCUGGAGGACACCUUGCUGGGCUAUAUGGCUGAUGGAGUCUCAUGGUGUGGAAACCCUUCUAGUCCAGGAAUUAACUAUGAAUCUUGUCCAAAAUGGAGUGAAUGCGAGAGCAACCCUACUUCUGUGUACUGGAAAAUGGCAUCCAAGAUGUUUGCAGAAGCAGCAUGUGGUGUGGUUCAGGUGAUGCUCAAUGGAUCAAUAGAAGCUGGAGCAUUCAGAAGUAACAGCAUUUUUGGAAGUGUUGAGAUCUUUAACUUAGACCCAGACAAAGUUUCUGCAGUGCAGAUUUGGCUUAUGCAGAACAUCGGUGGACCUGCAAGUGAGUCCUGCACGGGUCACUCCAUAACAAGGUUAAAAAGCAUCUUAGAGGAACGAAACUUACGUGUCUCCUGUGAGGACAAUUAUAGGCCAGUUCAGCUGCUUCAGUGUGCAAGUGAUCCUGACCAUGCAGACUGCAGACUUUGCACCAAUAGUGUACAGUGAAACACACCAUACUCCACAUUGCUUAAAUCAUUCCUUAACUGUGUAUGAUACUGAACAAGAAGAUGUGUAUAUACUGUAUAGAGCACUAUACAGUAUAAAUGUGUAUAGAAACACUGUAUGUUACCAGAAAAACCUUGCUGUGGCUGCAACACUCAUAGAUGAAUGAACGGAAAUGAUAUUUUAGGUGUGGUUACGGUACCCACACACACUUCCAACCUCUUCAGCCUGAGGGACAAACAUAUUGUUUCAGAAAGAUCAAGAGGACCACAAUAAGUGUUUUGGGUCAGAUUCUCAGCCCUGCUCCCCUCUCUUUACACAGCACAAGUGGUGCAAAGGGAACAGAAGCCACCUGCAAGUCCCCUGCUGGGGAUUCCCUGGGGUAGGGAAUACAUAGGGAAGAGCCAGGGCCCGCUCCAGCCACCAGCUUAGCAAGCAGGUGCUUGGGGUGGCCACUCAUGAGAGGGGUGGCAUGUCCAGGUAUUUGGCGGCAAUUCAGCGGAGGGUCCCUCGUUCCCGCUGGAGUGAAGGACCUCCUGCUGAAUUGCGGCAGAUCACUUUCACGUUUUUUUUUUGUUUUUGUUUUUGGCUACUUGGGGCGGCAAAACCCCUGGAGCCGGCCCUGGAAAGAGCCAUAGCCAUUUCUUCCCUUCCUUCCUGGCACACAGGGGAGUGUGGGAGGAGGGAAGGGGAAGUGGCUGGAAUAGCUGUGGUUUGGCUGUCCUCAGUGGGAAUGUGUUUCUUAGAAGACUGUAUCCAAAUGGUACAAGUUACAGCAGCCCACAAGCUACUCUGAACUGUACCAGGGCAGGAUGAGACCUAAUCAGUUACAGUUGUCAGCUUCUCUUUCCCCCCUCUCUCAGGCUGCCCUGUCUGGUUGUGUGAGGGAGGGCAGCCUUCCAUUGCUAGGCACUCCCCUAGUCUGGCACAGCCAGUUGAGUUUCUCUCCUGUUCUCUCUGGAGCGGCCAGAACCUGGAAGGGAAGUCUGCACCAUAAAAGCCAGAACUACUCUCACCUCCCUACCCAGCAUUGCAGUACGUGGCCAGCAGGGAAGGUGCUGAGCAGCUCUCAGAGCACUUCCAGCUCACACCAGACCUACUUCUGAGGCUGCAAGAGAGGAGGUGGGAGGCAGCUGGGGAAGAGGCAGCAACAGGGUCAAUUCGAACUCUUUCAUUUAAAAAUCACUGGGCACAGCUCAGGAAACACAUUUUCUUCUUAGCAAAGUCACCCUCAUAGUCUACAAAGUGGCCUCCAUGCCACAACUGGGACACCACUGAGAGAGAGACAGACUGGAAGAUCCCAAAAUAAGUAGUCUCUGCUUAGCUUCUGAAGUUGACGGUGACUUCUUUGUAGCAUACAAUUUCCAAGCAUACAUACUGUAGUACCAUAAACCGUAAGAGUUUUCUUAUAUUUCUUUUGCUGUCAUGAUACUGAGAUUCAGCUGAAACUGAAGACUUGGGGCCAGAGUCUGGCCUUGACUCUCUUCCCUUUGUGCUACUCUGACACAAAGGAAGAGAGCUGGGGCUUUCCUGAAAUAUGGAAAUCCCCAGGUGGUAUAAUACUAGCCUAGCCAGCAAUUUGCCACUCAUUUAGGCACAGGGGGUGUUCAUGGUGCAGACUGGUAAUUCCUAGCCAGGUCUGUGACUGGGAAUGUUUACAUUAAGGAGAAUUUUAACUUUCUAAUUGCACUCUGAUAUGUGGUUAUUGCAAUUAACUAAGACAUAUAUCAAUAACUUUAAUUCAGUUAUUUCUGACAAGAGGGUUGGAGAGUUUAAUAUUGGCUUUUGUACAUAUUUUGUCAUAAUACAAAAUGUUGAAUGUAAAAUGGUAAUGUACAAUAAAAUCACUGAUGGUGAGCGUUCCUAAUUCUA